AUGGGGGACUGGAACUUGUUGGGGAAGCUGCUGGAAAGUGCCCAGGAACACUCCACCGUUGUGGGCAAGGUCUGGCUGACCGUGCUCUUCAUCUUCCGCAUCCUGGUGCUGGGGACUGCUGCUGAGAAGGUGUGGGGCGACGAGCAGUCCGGCUUCACUUGUGACACUAAGCAGCCUGGUUGUCAGAACGUCUGCUAUGACAAGACCUUCCCCAUCUCUCAUAUCCGCUUCUGGGUGAUGCAGAUCAUCUUUGUCUCCACACCAACACUCAUUUAUUUGGGCCACAUCCUGCACUUGGUGCGUAUGGAGGAAAAGGAGAAACAGAAGGAGAAGGAUCUUGCCAUUCAGAAUGAAAAGCAGCAGCUGAUGCUGGGCAACAAGGCCAAGAAGGCUCCGGUAAAAGACGACAGAGGACAUGUGCGUCUGCAUGGGGUGCUGCUGCGAACCUACGUCUUCAACAUCAUCUUCAAGACCUUGUUUGAGGUGGCCUUCAUUGUGGCUCAGUAUUUCCUGUAUGGGUUCGAGCUCAAACCCAUGUACACCUGCAACCGGGCGCCUUGCCCCAACGUGGUGAAUUGCUACAUCUCCCGACCCACGGAGAAGACCAUCUUCAUCCUCUUCAUGCUGGCGGUGGCCUGCAUCUCCCUGCUCCUCAACCUGGUGGAAAUGUACCACCUGGGUUUCACAAAAUGUCACCAGGGGCUCCGCUACAGACGAUCGCGCAAUAUAAGUGAGCCUCCAAAGACCCCGAGCGAGGCUGUCAUGCCCUUUGUCCCCAGCUAUAACUACUUUGCCAGUCAUACUGCAGACCCCGAGGCUUUCCCCGCAGACUCCAAGUACAGCAUGGCAGAGCCGAACCCUGCUUACAGCCCCUACAACAGCAAAGUGGUUUACAAGCAGAACAGGGAUAAUUUGGCUGUGGAGAGGAAAGGUAAACCGGAGGGAGACGAUGUGAGGGAAAAGAAAAGCUCUAGUCCCGUCUUUGAGAUGCCUGCUGAAAAUAAACGCCGAAACAGUCAGUCAAGCAAGCACAGCAACAACAAGAGCAGGCAGGACGAUCUGAAAAUCUAG